AUGCGUCUGCCCGCCCUCGCCCUCGCCCUCGCCCUCGCCGGCGCCGCCCUCGCCGCCGACAUCACGCUCCACCUCGGCCGCCCUGCCAACCCGUCCGCCCUGCCCGCCAGCACGCGCGCCACCCUCUCCGCCCUCGGCGCCCACCUCUCGGCGCCCCUGUCCUCCGCCAACACCUUCGUCUUCCGCAACGUCCCCCCGGGCUCGUACCUCGCCGACAUCCACUGCCGCACCGACGCCUUCCGCCCGCUGCGCGUCGACGUCCUCGCCCCCCGCGACGGCGCCGAGCUCGUCCGCGCGUGGGAGACGUUCCGCGGCAACGACUGGGCCAACACGGGCGAGGAGCUGCUACCCCCGCGGGAGGCCGGCGCCGGCGCCCACGCCUUCCAGGUGCGCAGCGCAGGUCCCAAGACGUACUUUGUGGACAGGCCGCAGUUCUCGGUGCUGAGCAUUCUCAGGAACCCCAUGAUCCUGAUGGGCCUCGUGAGCAUGGCGCUCUUCUUCGGCAUGCCCAAGCUCAUGGAGAAUAUGGACCCCGAGAUGAAGGCCGAGUUCGAGGCGCAGCAGCGCAAGUCGCCCCUGAACGCGGUCCUCGGCGGCGCCGCGCAGCAGCAGAAUCCGCUGGGCAGCUUCGACAUGGCUGCCUUCUUGGCCGGCUCGAACAAGAAUGACGACUCGAGCAAGAACGACGACUCCAACAAGAAAGACGAUGCCGGGCGGGACGAACCGGUUCGGAGGUGA